AUGAGAGAACCCACUAUGAAGCCUCGAUAUUUGACAAGUUUUGUAUUUGAUACAGAAGAAAAUUCUGCUGCAAUGACAAUUGCCAAGUAUACUUCUGAUCUCUUGGCUCGUGCUGGCCUUACCGAUUACAAGACUGCCACUACUCCAGUUGAUCCUCAGACUCGUCUUACACCUCUUGAUAGUUCUCUAUUGUUUGAUGCCACUUUAUAUCGUCAGCUAGUUGGCAGUCUUGCCUAUCUCAUGGCUACUUAUCCAGCUAUUGCUUAUGCUAUUCAGAUUGUCAAUCAAUUCAUGGCUGCCCCCCGCUCUCCACACUAUGAUGCUCUGGUUCGCAUUUUGCACUAUCUUAAAGGCACUAUGUUUCAUGGUCUUCACUAUUCUGCUCAGUCUUCUCUACAGCUACAUGCAUUUUCUGAUGCAGAUUGGGCAGGAGAUCCUACAGACCGUCGUUCCACUACCGGGUUCUGCUCCUUCUUGGGCAACUCUCUCAUUGCUUGGCGUAGCAAGAAGCAAAAUCUUGUUGCUCGUUCUAGUACCAAGGCUGAAUAUUGUGCUCUUGCUGACACUAUUCAAGAGCUUGUGUGGCUUCGUUGGCUUCUUUCUGAUAUGGGUGUUUCUCAUUCUGCUGCCACCAAUCUUUAUUGUGACAACUAG